AUGGAAGGGAUCAGAAGUUACCUUUUUAAAAAGAUAUUCUCAGAGAUAUUCAGAGAGAUACCAUGUCAUAAUAAUGCUUUUGUUUCUGACGAAAUAAAGACUUUGGCUAAUGGAUUGGAUACCUAUCUUACACUGCAUCGUAGUAACUUUAAUCUUUACUGGCAACUUGGAUUGGUUUGCAAGAACUGGAUGAAUAACUUAUUACCUAGACUAGCACAAACAUUCCCAUUGCGAAUCGUAGACAAUCAAUCAUUUAAAAACUAUUUAAACUUUCUCUCAAGAGAAACCAACCCAUUCAACAUAUCAACAAUAUUAUUCGAUAAAGUACAGUUUAAAAAGAUAGAGCUAAGCAAUAGUACGAGUAGUAGUAUAGGUAGAUUAUUAGAAGAUGCAAAAGUUAGAUCAGUUACUUUCAAUCAAUGCGUGUUUGAAUGUAACGAGGUAUUCUCAUUACUUAGAAACCCAAAUGUAAAAGAGAUACUGUUAAGAGGUGUAGUAUUAGAUCCAUCUAUAAUCGAUACGAUCUCUAAUGAGAUUGUAUCAUGUAGUUCGAAUCGAUCACUUCAUUUCGAGAUGACCAAGUUCCUGUUAGUUGGUGGAUCUUUCAACCUAUUUAAAGUACUCUCUCAUCCGAACGCUCAGCUAUCUUCAUUGGUACUACAAAGCUCCAAGUAUCAGAAUAUCAAGCUAACCGAUAUACUCCAGCUAUUCGAACAUUCAGCAUUAUCUUUACUAUCAAUUAAUGGUUUCAAAAUCGAAGUGGAAUCGACCGAAACAAUAGAAGCUACCAUAGCCAACCGAAACCAACAAAACAUGUCAGCAUUGAAGCAAUUACAUAUAGAACAUUUAAGCACACCAUUGGAAAUGAAAGAGUUGUUUUUCAAUACGAUAGGUAGAUGCUUUGACAAAGUCAGCUCGUUGAGACUAACAGGCUAUGACUUUAAAUCAAAGAAUCUAGAACCUUUGCUUACCGAUUAUAUCAGUAGAUUGUCACCGACAUUGGAACAUCUAGGUUUACAAUUGGCAAGGAUAAUCUCAACAGAAUCAUUUAUAACAACCAUCAAUAACCUUCCUCAUUUGAAUUCGAUCGACCUCUCCAGUUCGUCAUUGGAAACCAAAGACCUUUGUAGACUGCUGUCACCAACACUCAAACACAUUCCGAUGACUCUUAUCUCGUGGAGCGAUGAAGUUCUAACGAAGCUAGCCGAUCGACCAGCCGGACAACUCGAGAAUCUUUCACUUCGAACACUGUGGACUUCGCAAGUUCUUAUCGAUGACACAACAUCAAAGAGCAUUUACGAUUUUGAACUUUCGAACGGUUGUAUAAUUCCCAGUGUUCGACAAUUCUUUAAUGCUGCAAAGUCAAAUAAGAAUCUCCAAACACUUAAUCUCGUAGAUUGUGAUAAAACUUUGAAAUCACAAUUCCUUCAGCUGUUUGAAGAGCAAAACAUCAAUGGUGCCAUUGCCUAUAUAAAGAACAAGUACUCUUUUUAUGAAAUAAUAAUGCAUAUCGAUCAAGAUAACAAGAUUACAUUGUUUUUCAGUGUAGAAGCAUCUUCACCACCCACACAUCUUUAUGCAUUCGCAGGUCAGCUUGCAGAUCAAUUCUUAGAGGUUGAUCUCACAAGUGGAAACUACACGAUGCAAAAUGCCUACAAUCCUUAUUAUAUUUUUGGAGUCGCAAAGACAACUAGUUCAUCUAUGUUAAUCUUAUCAUCGGAUUUUCAAUUAAAAGACGAUGCUCUUAUCAGCUAUAACUAUGCAAAUAAGAGUUUUACAGAGAUUGGACAUAUUCAAUCGGAAGUCUAUGCCAAUAUGAUCAAUCAACCACUGGGGUUCGAUGAAUCUACUAUGCGUGUUAUGGCAUGCGGACAGACCAAAGAUACAAAUAAUGUUACUAUUUUCGUUUGGGAUUUCGUUAAUAACACUGGAAUCACCUAUCCACUGCCGCAUAAGUUGGUCUAUCCUUUCCCGGUUGGUGGCGUCGACACUGGCAAUGAAACAUACUACGUACUCUAUGGACACACCGAGGGUAUGAUGCUAUCGACUUUUCUCUACAAUCAACCAGCCAUCCCAAUGGGAACAACCAUUCUCUUUCCAGGUCUAAGGCUAAUGACUCCAGGUGUCAUUAUCUUUGAAGGUCAGGUAUACUUUAUCGAUACAACAUUCUACUAUUACGAUAUCUACUUUGUCGACGUUGAAUUUGCAACGACCAAACGAAUGAUUCGUAUCAACAACAGCUUUGACAAGAUGACCAACGUAUUCCCCUUCGCAUCGACAAACGAAUAUAUAGUUUUAGUGACAUCGACCAUCAACGACUCAAUAACCUACACCAUCUUAAACCUGAUAACUUUGGAGACAACCAGUGUUACAACCAACCAAACCAUGAAUAGACAUUCAAACUAUGUUGGAGUUUAUUAA